CUCAAUUCAAUUCUCAUUUAUCUUAUUACAAACAUGAAGUUCAUUACCUUUGCCUCUUCUUUCAUUGGUGCCGCUGUAUUGAUGGCCUCUACUGCUGUUGCUGAUGUUGAUUUUAUGAUGUCUCCCGGUAGUAACACUUGUUUUGCCAAAGGUGAAACAGUCCAAUUUGUCUUUGAAUGUGAUGAUCAUGAAAGACUUUAUGCUGAUCUCUACCGCUCUAACGGAAGACGAGUUCAAUCGGUUCGCAAGUUCAAUAUUCAAUACUCUCAUGGCGAUGAUUGUUCUCUUGAAUGGGUUGUCGACAGAAACUUAAGUAAUGGCCGUUACUUUUUAGAGGUCUGUUCUGAAGACAGCGAUGAUGAAGAUGACUUUAGUGACGACGAUGACUGCAGCAGAAGCUUCACUUUCGAAGUUACUUCAUCUAACAGAGGCUCCAGUGGUUCCACCAGAGGUAACAGAAUCUCUCGUCAAAGACACCAUGUUCGCUCUCUCGAUAUGGCCAAUGCUUACGCUACAGGCAAGGAGCACCUCAAGGAACGUCAAUCAGAGGGUAGUAAGGGUGACAUUGACACCAAAGAAACUGUUGAAGGUGUUGAUGAUGGUGAAGAAGCUUAAGGGAUCUUGCUCUUUUACUCUAUUAUCAUUGUUAUUACAUUAUCCCACUCAUUGAUCAUUUCUUCGUUACAAUCUAAUCAUUAUCAUCAUUAUCAUCAUCAAUAAAAUCCAUUUUUAUUAAUCUA